GAGCCGGUUUACUUAAGGUGCACCAAAUCAGUUGAUGAUUUGGACAUGGCAACAAUGGAAUCUCCCUCAUAGAUACGCCCAAAUAGAAGAACUCCACACGAUAAAGGAUGAUCGGUUGCUCGGUACAUGCCAGUUGAAGGACUGAGGGUGAAAUUCUGGAUGUGCCUCCAUGCUCCAACAGGAAGCAGGUGGCCUUUACUCUCCAUCUUCAUCGGAUAGCACCAUCUCGAGGGUGUCCCCGUGCACUGGGUUGUACUGCUUCCAAGAGUGCAGUACCUUCACAUGCACUUUCCAGCCACUCUUGUAGGGUUUCACAUCUUUCAAAGGGGUCACUUUCAUUGCGGUAGACAUUUUUUUUUUGAUUGCGAAUGUAGUUGAGUAAAUGUGAAAAAGCUUAGGCAUGUUGUAGGUGUUUAUAUAGCAGUAGGUUAAUCGAUGGUCCUAAAUGUCUGGUAAAAAAAUUUCUCUCGUAUAUUCUUAGUUCUCUAUAGGAAACCGUUAGAGUAUUGAGCAAGAAAAAAUAUUUAGAGCUCGAUUUUGUUUGUGGUUGUUUACAUAUCUUAACAAUAUUUACAAUUCUGUUAGUUUAGAUAUCUUUUUAACAUAAAGGAAUUAAAUGAAACAAAUAUUUGGGGUAAUCGAUGGUUCUAAAAGUCUGGUAAAAAAAAUCUCUGGUAUAUUCUUAGUUCUCUAUAGGGAACCGUACGUUUAGAGUAUUGAUCAAGAAAAAAUAUUUAGAUUUCGAUUUUGUUUGUGGUUGUUUACAUAUCUUAACAAUAUUUACAAUUCUGUUAGUUUAGAUAUCUUUUUAACAUAAAGGAAUUAAAUGAAACAAAUAUUUGGGUAGUUAUUACGUAUGCUUCAUGGGCAAGCUAGUAUAUUCUGAUUCAUUAAAUGAAAAAUCGUUAGAGAAUUUUAUACUGUUAAGAGAUGUUUGAUAGUUACCGAAUUUGAUUUCACUCUUGGAAGCCUUGGGCCAUUUAGAAAAAUCGGGUAGGAGUAAUUCGGUUGGGCUAAAAUUCCAUGUUGGGCCAUUUUAAAAAGGUUGAAAAAACGUGUUUGUGUAUUGUUUACGUAAAUACCCUUUUCUAAUCUUUGAAAUGUAAGGAAACACUUAAAAAGAACAUGCCCCUAAGGUAAUUUUUAAAAUAGGAUCCUGCUUUAAUAGUAUAGAUAAGUAUAGAUAUGAUAUAUCAUAUUCUUGCAUUAACUCAAUUAUUAGCUCUAAAACACCCUUUUUCUUUAUCAUGCAGCCACAUUUCAGGCAUCCUUUUGUUUAUGGAUCCCAAGUUAACUUGCUCCUUGGAGAUAACACUUUUGGCGAUGGAUGCCAUUAUUUUUUCCAUCAAAAGGCAAGUACUCAAAGAAUCACAAAGCCUCGUUCUAGUUGAACUGAAUCCCUGACGAGAAAGGGUUUUGUAUGCUAUUUUCAACCAAGUAUCAUGAUCAAAGUUAAUCAUUAUAUAGAGAUUUGAGAUUUUUUAAAACUGAUUAUAAGUUUCACUACAUUUCCUAAUAUAAGAGUCUUUUACAUAUAGAGACUGUAGUUGAUUACUAGUUUACUAUUAAUCAUUCACAACGUUUGAAAACGAGCCUAAACAUAAUGGUCGUAGUUUCAUAGAUAUGAGUUUGAUUAACUUCUCACAAAAAAACUUGUGAUAUUCUCAGAGUAAAAGUUGUCUUCCAUCCUUUCAACUAAGAAUCCAACAAUUUUUAUUUUUAUUUUUUCAGGAAAAGAGACUUAAUGAUGACAAAGUAUAAAUGAGAUAUAUAAUGAUCAUCAAUAAAAAUGUAACUUGAAGGUGAAGAAUUAAUACAUCUUCCAAACAAACAUAUAGAUGAUGUGCAGUGUUCUAUCUAAUCUUGAAAUGUAAUUUUAGUUGUCGAAUCAAUCUUUUUAGACUAAGUUGAGGAUGAAAUCAAAGAGAUGAGGUGAUGAACCAUACUUCUACUCUGUGACCUACAAUUUACAAUCCAGUAGAUUACAGAUGUGAUAAUCAACAAAUAAACUAAACGGUGUUAGCUAUUUGAGGACUAUAUGAACAUUUGGAUGAGACAAAUUGUUAAUAGGAGUAUUCACAUUAAAAAAAAUGGCAUUUCUAAAAUAUUGUUGUGGACUCAUUUUCUAUAAUUUUAUGUGUAAUCAUAGAUAUUAAAGAAUGAAAGUAAAAAUAGUAUUAAAAUGAGUAUUUUUAAUCAAAUAAUUAAAAGAAAAUUGUAACCAACUUUUUUCCUCUAUUUCUUAGAGUGAGGUGAAUUAUUAUUUCCAAUUUUUUUUGUUGCAAAUAUUAUUAUUUUCUAAUUAUUUAAAUAUAUGUUGCUCUGCUGGUGUGAAAUUAGGACAUGGAUAAAUUAUAUACUUAUUCUCAUUUGAACGGUCACACUCUAACCACCACAUUUGACAAUUUUUAGUUUAAUAGAACCUUUUUAGGAGUCUGGUUUCAGAAACUCAUUGAUGGUCAUCCUCGGUUCAAUGUUGAUCGAAGAAGAUAUUGAUGAAAAUAAUCAAAGAAACUUAAAAAUCUGGAAAUAAUGAGACGUUGAUAUUUGAAGAUAAAAAUUCAAUUUCUAUUUUCAAAAUAAAAAAUAUUUACAAUUAUAAUAAAAGUGAAAUCUAAUAUAUAAUUUAACAUAUAAAUUAAAAAUAAUCUAACUAAAUUAAAAAAAUAAUGCGCAUGGUUAGUAAACAUUACUCAGAAAUCUUAACAUCUACAGAUAUAAUAAAACUGAAAUGACACCUUUAAUUCUUUAAAAUAUUACAAAUGAAUAGAAAAUCUGUUUUUACGAUCCCAGUAGAUAUAUCAAAUUUGGAUUAACACUGAUCAUUAUUAAUGUAUAGUAACUGAUAUCUAUGUAAUUAGAUGCUCUGAGUGAAUAAAGACUGCUACUUAGUAAGGGAUUAGCUUGUAGAUUAGAAGAUGUGCAUAUGAUAUGUAUAUGCACAAGCUUUCUUUCUGUACGGUACAAUCCAAAGAGAAACUAUUGAAUUCCGCAAGAGUUUGCGAUUGUACAAUAGUUUUUACUAAACAUAAAUAUUUAAUCAGCAUGAGAUUUAUAUGUUGAAUGCAUAAUGAUACUAGUACGGUUUCAACUUGGAAAACCAUUACCCACAAAAAUGAUGCCAAGAUGCAACUUUGUGGCAAGAACAGAAUAGUGAGUUUCUAUGUAAAAGCCAAUCGAAUGGAGAUUAGCAAAAAUAGUUAACAUUGUCAACUAACCAAUAGAGGAAACAUGCCUAAAAUUAUCUGCCUAAUCUUGUCAAGUGGUGUAUAGACCUUCCAUAUCAAUAUUUGUUUAGACAAAUUAUAUGGAUAUAUCAAGUGUUGUGGCCUUGUGGUAUAUCAAGUGUUGUGGCCUUGUGGUACAAGGACAACAAAUGCUUGACAACAUGGUACAUUCGUUUAAUAUCUUAAAAAGGUAUUUUAGGUUGAAAUGAACUAUGGAGGAGAUUUAAGUUUCUUUCGGCUUGCGUGCCUCAAUGAUAACCAGUCUUGAUAUUUCGUUAUAUAAGUGUGCAUUAAUAAGAUCAAUUCUCGCAAAUCCAUAAACAACUCCUCAAGAGUCGUUGACAAAACAAAAAAAAAACUCCUCAAAAAGUCAAAAUAUGCUCUAGACCAUCCAUUUCCCCGUUAAAAACUCCAUAUAAAUCUCUAUCCCUCCUUGCCAACCAAAAUCUUGAAGCACAUCCUCAUCUUUCUUAUUCAUAGCUAUCACAGCUCCAACAAACAAAAACUCACUAAACAAACAAAAAAAAUAACAAGAGUUUUUCAUUAUUCUAUAACUUUCUUGUUUUAAAAUCAAGAAUUUGACUUCUGUGACAAAUAUUUGAACAAAGAGAUGAGGAACGAAACGGGUGGUACCAUGGUCGUCGAUCUCCAAACCGAUUCAUACAACAACAAUCACAAUCGCCACGACCUUGGCGAUAAUGGUCACAAACCGAGGUCUAAAUUUGGUGAUAUAUUGAAAGCUGACCACGACGGAAUAUUCUCUCCUGAAGAUCCCAUCAUUGUCAACACCAACUUAACUCACCCCCGGUUUAGCAACGUCUCAGCCUCGACCAUGAGCAGUAUUGGUCCGGCCAGCGGAGAAGGUUCUCCUUGCGUAAUGUCUCCUUGGGCCCGUAUGUCGACCCCUUGGCCCGCAGAUUUUAAUGAAGACAAUGCCCUCGAGACCAACGGUCUCAUUGGCUCUAUUGUACGUGAAGAAGGGCAUAUAUACUCGCUAGCCGCUUCUGGUGACCUUCUUUACACGGGCUCGGACUCCAAGAACAUUAGGGUUUGGAAGAAUUUGAAGGAUUACACCGGGUUUAAAGCAAGCAGUGGUCUCAUUAAGGCUAUUGUGAUAUCUGUAGACCGGAUCUUUACCGGCCAUCAGGACGGUAAGAUCCGGGUCUGGAAGGUUUCCAAGAAAAAAGCGGGAAAGUACAAAAGGGUUGGAACAUUGCCGACGCUUAAAUCGAUGGUCAAGAGCUCCAUAAACCCUAAGCAUUUCAAUAGAAACUCCGUGAAAAAGAAGCAUAAGGAUGCAGUUUCGAGUCUUAGCAUGGACGUGGAGCUCGGUUUGUUGUACUCGAGUUCUUGGGAUAGGACGAUCAAAGUGUGGAGAGUCUCAGAUUCGAAGUGUUUGGAAUCGAUACAAGCGCAUGAUGACGCGAUAAACUCGGUGAUGUAUGGCUUUGAUGACUUGGUGUUCACGGGAUCUGCGGAUGGUACGGUUAAAGUGUGGAAACGUGAGAUGCAUGUUAAAGGAACUAGGCACAUUUUGGUUCAAGUUUUGCUCAAGCAAGAACACGCGGUAACCGCAUUGGCCGUAAUAUCGAAGUCUUCAAUGGUAUAUUCCGGUUCUUCGGACGGGGUGGUGAACUAUUGGGAGCGUUCCACGCGUGUAUUCGUCGGCGGAGUACUCAAAGGGCACAAAUCGGCCGUGUUAUGUCUCACUGUAGCGGGGAACAUGUUAUUGAGUGGUUCAGCCGACAAGAACAUAUGUGUCUGGAGGAGGGAGCCGUCUGAUGGAUCUCAUCAUUGUCUAACUGUUUUGACGGGUCACAUGGGACCAGUCAAGUGUCUAGCCGUGGAGGACGAACAAGCUUGCCGCGGUAAAGAAGCAGAAGUCUGUAUGGUCAAUGAAGGUGACCGGAAGUGGAUUAUAUACAGCGGAAGUUUGGACAAAUCUGUUAAAGUGUGGCGCGUGACCGAGAGGAUGGCGACUUGGAGGGAGAUGGACGAGCCAGCAGCAUCUUCUGGCUGGGAGAGCUCUUCGUCUAUGCGUGAAGGGAGUGGCGCGUGGAGUAUAGGAGAUUUGGAAUAAUAAAAUGGCAAGGAGUGGGUCGGAGCGUAGUUUGGUUAUUCACGUAAAUGUCACGUUGUUGAUCUGUCACGAUGAACGUCUUCGAAUUAAAAUACUUGAAUUAUUGUUUUAAAUUCUAUGACCAUAUCACGAAGGGGUUUGUGGCAAGUCAGCUGGUGAGUGAGUCAAUGUCGGGUUGAUGGUUUUCACGUAAUGAAUUUUGCUUCUUUUUUUUUUCUAAAAGAAAAAUGUUUGGAAAAUCAAAUUGUAUUAUUAUUUCAACUUACAAGAAAAAAGACUGAAUCAAUCACGUUUGUGUUUCUUUGUGUGUUCUUUGUCGUGGUUGCAACGUUAUGAUUUGGAAAUUAGAUGAGUCGUUUAGUCUUCGCUAGAAUCGCGCUAGAAUUAGUCUUUUCUGAAUUAUAUUCAGGAAUGUAUAUGAUCUCCAUAGUUUGUUUAGUUUUUGUUCAUGGCAACCAGAUCUUGAUAAGAGUUUUGUAAGAAAAUAUAUUUAUUGUUUGUUGUGUCUCUUCUUUCCAUUUAGAGAUCAAAACAUAAAAUAUCACCAACUAAGUUCAAUGCAUCAUUUGUUCCAGACAUAUAUGCAUGUGUGUUUCGUGAUGAUUGAACCAAAAGGCGCCCUAUUUUCCGUGAAUGAAAUGGUAAUCAAUUUGAACGUGUUUGAAUUUGUUGUGUAGAAUAGGGUUUACACACCCUUUUUUUUAUUAUUAUGGAAGACCAGACUAAUCCCCAGAGUUUACAUACAUUAGACAAUUGGAAAAUGAACAUCUUUUCGUGCAAAGUGAUAUAUAUAUAGGUGAGUGGUAUUUAAGAUUAAUGUCUUGCCAUGAAAUUAAAAUUUAACUGUCAAAUUUCGUUUCUGUUCAACUUAAUUUGUAACCCAUAGUUGUUUUUUUUUUUCAUAAACCCUAUCGGCUGAUCCGGUCGGCCCCGGAAAAAGUACAAUUAGUGCUAAUGAGUAGACUAGCCCAUAGUUGUUAGAAAUGGUAAAUCUGUGAAUUCACAAUUACCAUAGUUAUACCUAAUCUAUCUUUUAAGGGAAAAUAAAGAAUAUACCUACUCUUUUGAUAUACACACAUACUAGUCAUAGAACAAAUAUUUCAUGGUUAAAAAAUUCAAACUACAACAAUAAUUGGAAAAAGUAGUAUUGUGGAUUUUUUUGUUUUGGUUGGCAAUACGUUAGAAAAUUGAUUUAGAGUACGAUGGAUCAUUGAGACCUAUCUCCUUGGUGACGUAUGGGACCAUAUAAAACAACUCAAUAUACAACAUGGACCAAAAAAACUAUCAAAUUAAGAGUUUCAAAAUAGAAACAGUACCUCUGUUUACUAAUAACCGCGUAAUCCCCGUGCUCCCAAACCAAACUAAACCGAGAUUAGACAUUUAUAAUUGAACCAAUACUGAUGGCUAGGAAAGAACCCGGUUUUACGAAACUACCCCUCUCUUUGACCCGCUCAACGCCUUCCGCAAAACGCACCGUUUACUUACACACAAACACGCGUUGACGCCGAGAAUUUUCCCGGAAAAAGAAGUUUCAACUUCCCUUUCUUUUGGGAGAGAGAAGAAAAAACAAAAGAGAAAGUCUUCCCUUUCAGUCCAUGGUUCGUCCUUUACUACCGAGAGAGAUAAACCAUCUGUCUCUCCUCUUCUUGUUCACUCUUACAAACUCCUCUCCCCGCAAAAAAAAAACAA